AUGAACUUAAAUCCACGCACAGGACAGAUUUAUGUAGAGCAUCCAAUUCUUCCAGGUGGUGCCCGCAACUACCCUGCGUCUGGCAUGUCUGCUCUUCUUCCACUCAAGCUAGGUCCAGAUAACUUAUUUCCUCUAAACGUUGAGGUCGUUGUUUGUGGUGGCAACAAGCACACCGCAUUUGAAAUGGUUGAUGCAAAGCAUGUCAAAGACAAGGUGUUUGUACCUGCGUUACAAGACUGUCAUAGAAUUCAUCCCAUGAAUAAAGGUGCAAAAUGGGAGAACGAACAAGAUAUGCCAACACCGAGGGUCAUGGGUGACCUUCUACACCUUCCCACAGGCGAUCUCCUCAUGAUCAAUGGCGCCAAAAAGGGUACUGCUGCAUGGGAUGAUGCCAUAGAUCCUAACUUUGCCCCGGUUUUAUAUACUCCAUUCAAGCGUAUGGGGAAAAGGUUUAGGGAAAUGAAACCUACAAAUAUCGCCAGGAUGUAUCAUUCCACCUCAGCAUUGUUGCCAGACACCAGGAUCUUGGUCGCUGGCAGCAACCCGAACCAAUUCUACACAUUCAAUGUCCCAUUCCCAACGGAGUUGAGGGUAGAGAAAUUCUCCCCUCAUUACUUAGAUCGUGCACUUGACAAGGAUAGGCCCACAAUCAUCGAACCCACUACUGAUAAGGUCUUAAAGUAUCGAGCACCCUUUAAGAUUACAGUUCAAUUUAAAAGUAACAUAGUAUUGCAGCCAGGUGAGGCUAAGAUAACCUUGAUAUACCCACCGUUCACCACUCAUGGUUUCUCUCAAAAUCAGAGGUUGAUCGUUCCAACGAUAAAGGAGAUUAAUAAUAAUGUGAUUACUGCGCUUGCGCCACCAUGUGGAAAGAUUGCGCCUCCUGGGUAUUAUAUGAUGUUUGUCAAUCGCCUUGGAGUUCCUGGACACGGUAUUUGGGUCCACAUUGACUAG